AUGGAAGCCAUAUACAAUCGCGCUGGGAAAAUAAUUGUCAAAAUAUCAGAGCUUAUUUCGCAAGCAGAAGAGUUGAAAAUCGAUAACGGAAAAACAACAGGUACAGUCAGACAGUGGAAAAAGGAAACAAAGUCUAAAUAUUCAGAGCUGAUCGUAGACAACGAGAAAAUUGCACAACAACUAAAGGAAAAACAAGAAAAGGCUCAAGACAAAGCAGAAUUACAACGAUUAGAAUUAAAAGAUAAACAAUUUCAACAAGAAGAACGACGGCGGGCUGAAAUUCGAGAAGCACAAGAGGAUCGCGAACGACAUUUAUGGCAAGAAAAGCACAAAGCUGAAUUACGCAUGACGCAGAGAAAGAUAGAAAUGGAACAGACCGCUCGUUCAUCUACAGCGAAAUUACCAAAGUUAAAAAUAACACUGUUUAAUGGAACUCCCACAGAUUGGGUGCAGUUUGAGAACAUGUUUCUAACACUUGUUCAUGAAAAAGCGAGUACAGCCGAAAAAAAAUACGGGUUUUUAUUGGAAAUGGUGAGCCCAAAGGUGAGGGAAAAGAUUGCUAAUUUGAAACCGGGUGAAGUUGGUUACAAGAUUGCAUGGGAAAGAGUAAAAAGCAAGUAUGGUCACCCCAAACAUGUUAUCAACGCCCAUAUGGAUGCAAUAAUUAACUUAACUCCAGUGAGAGGGCAUAAUUAUGAAAAGGUGCAAGAUUUCUAUGAGAAAUUAAGCAAGAAUUUCGAUGCAAUUCAAACUCUGGGAGACGGUGAAAAACUUUCCGGAUUUGUUAUGACCACUAUCAACAAGUUGCCACACAUAAGAGCCGACUUGGUUCGAGCAGAUGAUGACUGGGAAGAAUGGUCCAUGGAAGUACUAUUACUAAAUUUGCAAAAGUGGCUUCGACGAAAUAAAGUGGAAGAUGCGAGCAAUCAGAAAGAAACCAGAUGGAAGAAACCAGAAGGACACUGGUAUCAAAAGUCAUCCGGACCCCCAAAACCUCACUGUGUUUUUUGUUCGAAUAGUGAACACUGGAGUGAUCAAUGCAAAACAGUGAAACGAUUGGCCGACCGAAAGAAAUUCUUUGCUGAGAAGAAUCUGUGUUUUAACUGUGGUCGCACUGGGCACAGGGGAAAUCAAUGUUGA